CGGAAGUGCAGCGCGUUCAGUGACGAUUGUGCGCCUCAGCCCGCCAAGUCCAAAGCGGCUGACGGUGGAGGAGACGCGGUGGUGGUGCCUCGGAUGAACUGGGGCUUCCUUCUGAGAACAGGGUCACGUCCCAACGCCGCCAGCUGGAAUCACUUCUCUGCAGUGGCUGAGAUCCUGAGAUGUUCGGAGGGGUUUUGUCCCACAGCCUGCAUAUCUGCCAACCUCUGUGCCUUCCUGAGAAUAGACCACUAUGCCCAAGAUAGCCCUGAAUGGCGUGACAGUGGACUUCCCUUUCCAGCCAUACAAAUGCCAGGAGGAGUACAUGGGCAAGGUCCUGGAGUGCCUUCAGAAGAAAGUGAAUGGCAUCCUGGAGAGCCCCACAGGCACGGGGAAGACACUGUGCCUCCUCUGCACCACGUUGGCCUGGCGGGAGCACCUCCGUGACAGCAUCUCUGCCCGCAAGAUCGCCCAGAGGGCACACGGGGGGCUUCACACCUUGUCUUCCUGGGGAGAUGCCGCCCCUGAUGGAGACAGCACAGCUUGCUACUCGGACAUCCCAAAGAUCAUUUACGCCUCCAGGACCCACUCACAGCUCACUCAGGCCAUCAGCGAGCUUCGGAACACCUCCUACCGGCCCAGGGUGUGUGUGCUGGGCUCCCGGGAGCAGCUGUGUAUCCACCCUGAGGUGAAGAAGCAGGAGAGCAACCACAUGCAGAUUCACUUGUGCCGAAAGAAGGUGGCUAGUCGCUCCUGUCAUUUCUACAACAACGUAGAAGAGAAGAGCCUGGAGCAGGAGCUGACCACCUCCAUCCUGGACAUUGAGGACCUGGUCAGGAGUGGGAACAAGCACAAGCUGUGCCCGUACUUCCUCGCUCGGAACCUGAAGCAGCAGGCCGACGUCAUCUUCAUGCCCUACAACUACCUGCUGGAUGCCAAGAGCCGCCGGGCACACGGCAUUGACCUGAAGGGGACAGUUGUGAUCUUCGAUGAAGCUCACAACGUGGAGAAGAUGUGUGAGGAGUCGGCGUCCUUCGACCUGACCCCCCAGGACGUGGCCUCGGGUCUGGGCGCCGUAGACCAGGUCUUGGAGGAGCAGACCAAGGCGGCGCAGCUGGGCGAGCCCCACGUGGAGUUCAGGGCGGACGCUGCCGCCUCAGGGCUGCACAUGGAGCUGGAGGACAUCGCCAAGCUCAAGAAGAUCCUGCUUCGCCUGGAAGAGGCCAUUGACGCCGUUGAGCUGCCAGGGGACCAGAGUGGUGUCACCAAGCCAGGGAGCUACAUCUUUGAGCUGUUUGCCGAAGCCCAGAUAACCUUUCAGACCAAAGGCUGCAUCCUCGACUCCCUGGACCAGAUCAUCCAGCACUUGGCAGGACGGACAGGGCCGUUCACCAACACGGCGGGUCUGCAGAAGCUCUCGGACAUCAUCCAGAUCGUGUUCAGUGCAGACCCUGCCGAGGGUGUGUCCACUUCCGUGAUGGGACCUGGGGUGUCUCAAUCCUACAAGGUGCACAUCCACCCUGAUGCCAGUCACCAGAGGAUGGUGCAUCGAUCAGAGGCCUGGAACGCCACAGCGGCCAGAAAGCAAGGGAAGGUGCUCAGCUACUGGUGCUUCAGCCCCGGCCACAGCAUGCGCGAGCUGGUCCGCCAGGGCGUCCGCACCCUCGUCCUCACCAGCGGCACCCUGGCCCCCGUGUCCUCCUUUGCCCUGGAGAUGCAAAUCCCUUUCCCAGUCUGCCUGGAGAACCCACAUGUCAUCGACAAGCACCAGAUCUGGGUGGGGAUCGUCCCCAAAGGGCCCGAUGGAGCCCAGCUGAGCUCUGCCUUUGACAAACGGUUUUCCGACGCCUGCUUGUCUUCCCUGGGUAAGGCGCUAGGCAACAUCGCCCGCGUGGUCCCCCACGGGCUCCUGGUCUUCUUCCCGUCCUACCCUGUCAUGGAGAAAAGCCUGGAGUUCUGGCGGGCCCGGGACUUUGCCAGGAAGCUGGAGGCCCUGAAGCCUCUGUUUGUGGAGCCCAGGAGCAAAGGUGGCUUCUCAGAGGUGGUGGAUGCUUAUUACACACGGGUCGCCUCCCCUGGGUCCAGCGGGGCCGCCUUCCUGGCCGUGUGCCGGGGGAAGGCCAGCGAGGGGCUAGACUUUGCGGACAUGAACGGCCGUGGUGUGAUCGUCACGGGUCUGCCGUACCCCCCACGCAUGGACCCCCGGGUCAUCCUCAAGAUGCAGUUCCUAGACGAGCUGAAGAGCCGCGGUGGGCCUGGGGGCCAGCUCCUCUCCGGGCACGAGUGGUACCGGCAGCAGGCAUCCAGGGCUGUGAACCAGGCCAUCGGGCGGGUGAUCCGGCAUCGCCACGACUACGGGGCCAUCUUCCUCUGUGACCACAGGUUCACCCACGUGGACGCCAGAGCCCAGCUGCCCUCCUGGGUGCGCCCCCACGUCAAGGUGUAUGACAGCUUUGGCCAUGUCAUCCGGGACGUGGCCCAGUUCUUCCGUGUCGCUCAGAAAACUAUGCCGGUGCCGGCCCCCCUGCUUGCGGCCCCAGGUCUGGGUGAGGGAGAGGGAGCUGUCACGGUGGCCGUGUUGCCUGGGCCCCUCUCCACCAGGAAAGCCAAGAGUCUGGACGUUCAUGUCCCCAGCCUGAGGCAGAAACCCGCAGGGUCGCCGGCCAGGGACGCCGAGAGCAGCCUGUGUGUGGAGUACGGGCAGGAGCCAGCCCUCGGCCAGCACAGGCCCGUGGGGCUGCUGGCCGCCCUGGAGCACAGCGAGCAGCUGGCUGGGGCGCCUGGGGACAAGGCCUCCCCUGGGGAGGAGGCGGCGCAUGUCUCCACGCUGUCCCUCCCAAGCGAGAAGAGGCCCUCGCAGGAACGGAAAGGAGGCAGGAGGAAGAUCCGGCUGGUGGGCGGCUGGGAGCAGCCGGCGGCCAGCACUCAGGUGGGCAGGGCCAAGCUGUUCAUGGUGGCCGCGAAGCAGGCACUGAGCCAGGCCAGCUUUGACACCUUCACCAGGGCCCUGCGGGACUACAAGGGCUCUGAUGACUUCGAGGCUCUUGUGGCCUGUCUCCGCCCACUCUUUGCUGAGGAUCCCAGGAAGCACAGCCUGCUCCAAGGCUUCUAUCAGUUCGUGCGGCCGCACCACAAGCAGCAAUUUGAGGAGGUCUGCCUGCAGUGGACGGGCCGUGGCUGCGGCUGCCAGCCCGAGCUCAGCCUUCCUCAGAAGCAGGGCGCACCGGCAGCCCAGGCACCCGGGGGAAGGCGGGAGUGUGACCUGAAGCUGACCCUGUCCCAGGGUGCAGCCAGGCAGCUGGACCCCGGACAGCACCUGAACCAAGGCAGGCCCCACCUGGUCUCUGGGCUGGCCCCCACAGCAGGAGCCCGCAGCAGCUGUCCAAAAGAGGAGGGAUCUGGAGCCCCCAGGGUGGAGAGGCAAGGCCAGGCUGCAGGGAGCGCCUACUUGGCUGAUGCCCGAAAGGCCCUGGGGUCCGCAGGCUGCAGCCAGCUCCUGGCAGCGCUGACCGCCUACAGGCAGGACGAUGACUUCGAGAAGGUGGUGGCCGUGGCGGCCGCACUCACUACCUCAAGGCCUGAGGACUUGCGCCUGCUGCAGAGGUUUGGCGCGUUCCUGAGACCUCACCACCGGCAGCGCUUCCGGCAGGUGUGCGCCGACCUCAUGGGCCCGGCUGCCCCAAGCGCGGGCACUGCGCCGCCUGGGCCCCAGGAGGGGCCCCCCGCCGUGCCUCCCGACCUCGCCCACGGUGAUUCCAGGCCAGGCCCCCCAGGACAGGAGACACCGGGGAGGACCCAGAGCAAGAUUUUUGCCUUCUUUAGACAGAAGCAGGCCGAGGAUGCAGGGGCUCCCGGCCAGCCCCCCAGCGCCCCCCGCAGGCACGCGGCGCCCGAGCCCGGUAGGUCUGCGCGGGGCCGCAGCGGGUGUGGGCAGUGGGGCGGCGCGGCGGCCGCGCACAGAGGCCUCUACCACUGGGUCCUGACCCCUGCAGGGGCCGAGGAGUGUGAACAUGCUGUCAUCGACUUCGUGGCUUUCCAGGACUGGUCCUUCAAGAGGCUCCUGCGGCUGUGGCAGGCGCUCAUGGGCCCAGAGGCGCCAGGCCCGGUGCCACCACGGGAGGGCCGCACCGGCCUGCAGCUGCAGCUGAGGCGGCAGCUCCUGGAGCUCCGCGAGGCGCAGGCCGGGGCGCUGGCAGUGCGGCUGCUGCGGGCGCUGCGUGAGGCCCGGCUGCUGGGGCUGGAGCGCAGCAUCCGCAUGCACUUCUGGGCACACUGA